AUGCAAGGCUUGCCCAACGGUGAUUCUAGCUGGCUGGAACAGGAUCACGCUGACUCGAGCCUCCUCUCUGGUUCCGAGGACGAGUUGAACACCAUCGAAAGCCAGAGCCCUGUGGUCACCGACGGCAAGCGCAAACGGAACUCGCACCCGAAUCGAUAUGGCAAGCGGUUGCUGGGCGUCAACAACUUGAACACCUCUUCGUCAUCGGAAGCGGCCGAUCAAGACCGUCCUCCGGCGCGUUGCACGUUCCGCUCCACGGCCAGCUGGCUGACCGACGAGGAACCUGAAGACGUGAGCAUGAAAGAUGCCGAUUCGCCCAUGCACACUGAGGAGAGCAAAAAUCCUGGGCAAGAUGCUGAUGACGCGAACAACAACGCCCUCAAUUGUCUUUUCCAAAACCUGCAGAUACCCGAGGCCGACAAACUUCGACGCAAGCCACUCCUCGCUGAUCAUUCUGUUCAAGCGGAGGUGUUCGACGAUCGUAUGGAGGAGGGUAGCCAGGAGGUGGUCGAGUCCGAGGAGAUGGUUGUUGAUUCGACGAACACCGGGCCGACAUCUUAU